AUGUCUGAGAACGAUGCCCUGCCUGUCCUCCUGGGACAGCAUCCCGUUCGCGACCUGCAGGACAUCGAGAAAGGGCAGCUCUGCAAACAAGAGCUGCAGCCCUCGGAGAACGACAUCGCAGUUGUGACCACGCACUUGAAGUACUGCGAGAAGGUCGUGUUGAACUUUGGCCUCGUCUUCGCUUUGGCCCAGGGAGCAUCGACCCCAGCGAUUGCCUGGUUCAUAGCCGAUGCUGUCGACGCUCUGCAAGCCCGUGAUCCUGCCAAUGUGAUGAAGAGGAUGGGUCCCAUCCUCAUCAAAAUUGGAGCGAUUGCGCUCAUUCAGUUUCUGUUUGGCUUCCUGUGGCAAAGUUGCCUCGCCUGGGCAGCUGCUAAGCAGUCCAAGCGUUGGCAUGUCAGCUUCGUGGGAGUCCUUCUCUCCUUGGAUGUCAGCUGGUAUGAUGAGCAUGAGCCGGCAGGAGUCGCAGCCAAGCUGGAGGCAGACAUUACCAAUGUGCACUUCUUCAUGUCGAAAACGCUUGGCUUUCUCAUCGCUAGCUUCGCGCAGUUCAUGGGCGGCUUGGUCUUUGCCAUGAUCACAGGCUGGCAGCUUGCGCUGGUGGUCUGUGGAACGAUCCCGAUACUGCUGUUCUUCGGCCAUCUCCUGGGCAAGGAGAUUGCGCAGCAGAUGAUCGACCAGCAGAGGGACUUCGCCCAGGCCUCCACGGUUGCAGAGGAGUCCUUCAUGGCCAUCCGUACCGUCGCGGCCUUCGGCGGGGAGGGAAAGGCAACUGCACGUUUCGAGAAGGAGCUUCAGUCGGCGAAGAUGGGAGGGAUCCGCGCCGGAGCCAAGAUCGGAUUUGCAGGAGGCGGCCUCAACCUAUUCUACUCCUGCUUUUUGGGGCUACCUCUCUUGUUCGGUGCCCACUACCUCUUGUCUCACAACGACGUCAACAAAACCGGCAUGGUCACCGUGAUCUUCGCCAUGUGCGUUGCAGUGUCCGGGCUGAUCUCCUUCAGUGGCUUCCUCCCAAUCCUGGCCAAGGCAGUCGCAUCUGCAAAGGCCAUGAAGCAGAUGAUGGCGGCGGAGCGCGUCAUCGAGCCCCCCUUGCACAUUAUGGGAGAACUGCCCGAUCAGCUUCAGACCAUCGACACCAUUGAGUUUAAGAGCGUGAGCUUCCGGUACCCGACGAGGCCGGAGAAGUGGGUUCUCCAGAACUUCAGCUUCCGAGUGGAGAAGGGUCAGAAAAUCGCCCUUGUGGGGGAAAGCGGCUGCGGUAAGAGCACCACGAUCCAACUUCUGGAGCGCUUCUACGACCCCUGCGGGGGCGAGGUGUUGGUGAACGGGAUCCACCUUUGCAAAGUCCCGGUGAAGGCGUGGCGGCAGCUCAUCGGCUACGUCGGCCAAGAGCCCGUGCUCUUUGCCACGAGCGCGAUGAAGAACAUCAAGGCAGGCGACGACUCCAUCAGCGACGAGCAGGUCAUGGAGGCCGCCAAAGGAGCACAAAUUUACGAAACGUUGAUGGGGCUGCCAGACAAGUUCGAGACCUUUGUUGGAGCUGGCGGUGGCUUGUUGUCCGGCGGCCAGCGACAGCGGCUUGCCAUUGCACGUGCUUUGGCCAAGAACCCCCAGAUCUUGCUCCUGGAUGAAGCGACCUCAGCCCUGGACAAUGAGUCGGAGCGCAUGGUCCAGGAGACCUUGGAUUCUCUCCUGAACCAGAAUGGGCAGAGCAUCACAACCGUCUCCAUUGCCCACCGGCUCACAACAAUCCGGAGCUCAGACAUCAUCUACGUCUUGAAGGAUGGGAGCUGUUGCGAGCAGGGCUCCCAUGAAGAGCUCAUGGAGGUACGCGGGGAGUACUACAACAUGGCCAAGCUCCAGGCAGAUGAAAAUGAAGAGAAUUCCAACGAGGCGAUGAUCCAAAACGCUCAGAGCGAAGCAUUUGAAAGGAAGGCUGUCAUGCUGAAUUCUUGUACGCAGAGCAGGACGCCCCGAAGUCUCCUGGAGACGGCGAAUGAAGAGGGAGGUGCUCCCGGGAGAAUCUGGCGGCGUCUCUUCCGCUUCACGACUGGGCACUGGUGGGUUUGGCCCGCUGCUUUUGUUGUCGUCAGUGCCGGAGCGCUGGCUAUGCCGCUCGAAGCGGUCUAUUUCAACAUCGCCCUCAAUGCUUUGCAAAUUGAAGAUCAUGACGUGAUGUUAUCCAAGCUGGAUGCGGCCAUCGAGGGUCUGAUGCUGGUUGGCUUGGGCUUUGGAGUGGUGGGAUUUUGUCAGAACUGGCUCUUCAUCUACAUGCAGGAGUGUCUGUGUCUGAUCCUACGUACAAAAGCCUUUCAAAGCCUUAUCCGCAUGGAGAUGGCCUUUUUCGACGCCCCAGAGAAUCAGACUUCCAGCAUUCUUGUGUCCCUGGAAAGGCACAUGUGCCGUGUGGGGCAGAUGCUCGGCACACAGCUGGGACUCUCCACGAUCGGAGUUCUCACAUGCCUCGUCAGCGUGAUCAUCAGCUUCGCUGGCUCUUGGGUGGUGGCUCUGAUCCUCCUGGGCCUCCUGCCCAUAUGUGGUCUCAUCAUGAUGCUUGUGGCCCGCUUUGCCUCGGGUGUGGAUCCGCAGGUGGAGGAGACUCACGCUACGGCGGGGAAGUUCACCGCGGAGGCAGCGACCGCGAUUCGCACCGUGAGGGCGCUCGGGGCCGAGGAGCACACGCUCGCAAUCCUCAGGGACUCCAUGGAUUAUGUCUGUCGGUCGAAAGCCGCGAAGUCUUGGAAGAUGGGAGUCUCUGUCGGCCUUAACCUGAUGCUGCCGCAGGUGAUCAACCUGGUCAGCUUCUGGAUUGGAGGAAUCAGCGUGCAGUUCUGGAGCUUCGACUCGCAGCAGGUGUUGAUGACCGUCUUCUGUAUGCUUUUCGGGACGAUUUCCGUGAGCCUCGUGGCUCAGCACAUCCCUGACUCUGCUUCAGGGUAUCAUGCAGCCAUGCAGGUUUUCCGCCUCAUCGACCAGGUCUCCGAGAUAGAUGCCACGAAGUCGGAAGGCUGCGAGACUCUGGGGGAUGGCGCCAUUGAGUUCCGCAAUGUGCACUUCUGGUAUCCCCACCGCCCCGAAGUGAGGGUGCUCAGGAAGCUCUCCCUGACCAUCGAGAAGGGCCAAUCGGUGGCCCUCUGUGGGGUUUCCGGCAGUGGGAAAUCCACGAUAGUUCAGCUCUUGCAGCGCUUCUACGACCCUCAAGCCGGUGUGAUCCGAGUGGGUGGCCAGGACUUGCGCGACCUCGAUAUCGCAUUCUGGCGACAGCAGCUGGGCUUCGUCGGCCAGGAGCCCAUGCUUUUCGAUAUGUCCCUGGAAGAGAACGUGAAGUACGGCUACCCCGAGGCCACAGACGAAGAGGUGCGGGAAGCAGCGAGGGCGGCCAACAUGGAUUAUGUUCUGUCGGGUGCCGUGCAGUGGACGGAUCGAAUCGGCCUGCGUGGAGAGAAGCUCUCAGGCGGUCAGAAGCAGCGCUGCGCCAUCGCCAGGGCCCUGCUUCGCAAGCCUCAGUUCAUGCUCUUCGACGAGGCAACCUCAGCCUUGGACUCUGUUUCGGAAAGCGUCGUGCUGCAGGCGAUGAAGGCGGCCAGGGUCGGCAAGACAACCAUUACCGUGGCUCACCGCUUGUCGACCAUCCAGAACGUGGACAAGAUCUUCGUACUCUGCCACGGAAGGCUUCUUGAGUCAGGUACUUACCAGGAGCUCAUCAACAUGGAUGGCAGCUUUGCAAAGCUGGCAGCUCGCAGUUUGUGA